AAAACCUUCUUCGCGUCUUUUUCUUCCUCCCGGGGAAGAAAGAAUAGUUUUUUUUCUCUCUUUCCUUCUUUCUCACAAAGAGAGAUUCGGGGUUCUAAACCCUACAAUCUCUCUCGAUCCAUCCUUCACUUUUCUGCGGUCGGCCGGUGUGUUUGGGUCGGUCAAUCUCAGCAGCAGAAGAGGAAUAAGACGACGGAGGAAAAGAUCUAGAGUCGAAGAGAGGGAACGUAUCUAAUCAGCUUGGCCUAAUUAUCCGUAGUUUGCCUCAGAUAGAAAACUAACCCCGAAACAAUAAUAAAAAAAAGAGAUGGUGAUGGUGGGCGAAGCCCUAAGCCUGUCAACCUCCUCGUCCUCAUCAUUAUACGAAUCAGAAGCGGACGAGCUCGAGAAUAUGCCGUUGGAUCCGCCGAGGCUUCAGGCGAAGAAACGCCUCUCCAAACAGCUCUCCAUGUGCGAGACGAGACGGGACAUCGCCUGGGAGCGGCGCCGCCGCCAGAUGAUGCUCGUCCCCGAACGCAGACGCAGCGGCAGCGGUGGGGACGCGGAUCACGGCGACUUGACGGACGAGGAUCUGAGAGAGCUCAAGGGCUCUAUAGAAUUAGGGUUUGGUUUCAACGAAGAAGAAGGGCAACGACUCACGAGCACUUUGCCUGCCCUGGAUCUCUACUUCGCCGUGAACCGGCAAAUCUCGCCGGUUUCCACUCCCGGAAGCGGAGGAUCUUCGUCGUCGACUCUCGGUGACCGGUCGUCCUCCUUCGACAGCCCUAGGAGCGACUCCGACCCGUUAAGAAUUCUUUCACCUGGGGACAAUCCUCAACAGGUGAAAACAAGGCUGAGGCAUUGGGCACAAGCCGUUGCAUGUUCUGUCAUGCAAUCCUUCUGAGAAUUACGGACAAAAACAUGAGUAAGUGUGGGAUUAUGAUGUGAUGGAUCUGUACAGUGAGAGAGGCAGAGAAGUGUUUGUUUUUUUUUACACACAACGGAAUAAUGUCCUUAGAGAUUUGAAGAGAGAGAGAGAGAGAGAGAGAGAGUUAAAGGGGCGACCAGAUGUAUAAUCGCGUUUGCGAUCAACCGCUCUCAUCGGCGUUUGCGAUGUGAUCGGGAACCGUCUCUAGGAAAGGGGAACUAAGAGGAGAGGUUGAAAAAGAGAGACACUCGUCAAAGUUUGGGGACCAAAAUGCAAAAUUGAAAAAUGAAGAGGGGUUAUUCUGAAAAUUUUAAUUUUAUUUUGGCAACAGGGAAGGAAUAGCCGCCAUUCGUGUCUUUUUUUUUUCUACUUGUUUGAUUGUUUUCCCUUUCUUUUUUUCCUGGUGUAAUUUUUGCCCCUUUAAUGAUUCUUGGAGAGAAAAAUUUGAGACUAAGGCAGAUUUUGUUGUUGUUGUAAAUAAUGACUCUCAUCCAACUUA